AUGGCGCGACGUUACCAGAUUGAUGAGCUGCUAUGGCUACGCUCGUCGCCCCUGGUCGUUAAGCCUGCAAACUUACCUCCGGUAGAAGAAUGGAUGGGCCCGAUACCCGACCCAACGACACAGAGAAAAACCACCGGCCCUCGCGAUCCUAAUAAUCCAAAUGAGACGACACCUCGACGGCCGAGCAUCUUUGAGACUCGUCAUGUCUCCCGCAAUUCGAAUUCAGAGGAUAUUAUUCUUGGGCCACCAAAAACCGCGUUCGCGUCCGCAUCUCGCAUACCGGGCAAGGGCUCGAUCGAUGCUACUGAACGGCCAUCCAGGCAACCUGAUUCGGACGACAUCAAGAAUGACCGCUUAAAUUUCCGCGGCAAGUUCUUCAAGGAUAGGGAAGCUGGUGAUAGUAAUUUUGACCGACGUGACGGAAAGUCGGACCCUUUCACCCCUCGUCGUGGGGACAGAGAUGACUGGAACGCCGGUCGUCCCCGUCGCACCUUCGGCCAGGAUGAACAAGACAGAAAACCAAGACGUAACGGGGACUUUGAUCGGUGGGAACCCCGCGAUUUUAAUCGUGAACGCGACCAACAGACUCCGAAUCAUGAACGGGGAGGGAAAGAUAAGGAUAGUCGAUUCUUUCCUCGGAGGGACGGCCAGCCGGGGCGUGCCCGACAUGAAGGAAGCUGGUUCCGCGAUGACGGCAAUCAGGACGGCCCCGAUGCCGAGGAAGAAAAGACCCCGAUACGGAGCCGAGAUUGGCGUCGAGACCGGCACGGUGCUGACCGGGAUUGGACUCGAGGUGCCAAAUUUGAACAGGAUCCUGAGUGGUUGGAUUCUAAUGAUAAGGAAGAGUCCCGAAGGGUGCACACUCAGGAAGAUUUCGAACGUUGGAAAGAGAGGAUGAAGGCGGGAUCUUCUCAGGCUCCUGUAGAGGAGAAGAAAGAGACACCCAUGGAAUCAACUCCGGCCCCUGCUCAGAAGCCGGAGCCUAGACCAACAGACGGCGAAAUCUUCAGCAGCAGCGGCACACCGUUCCAGUCAGAUACAGCAAUGGAACGCUUUUUCGGACUUCUGGGUGACUCCAAAUCUCCUCAGGAAAUCGCUACCUCGUCACCUUUAGAGGCUCCCUUAGUCAGUCAGGCUACCCCCAAGAAGGAAAAUAUUCCGGGGAAGCCUUUCAAAUCUUCUCGUUUUGCUGGGUUAUUUAGCCCGCCCCCCGGAAGUCCGGCAAAAGAGACCGAUUCGCAGCUGGGGAAUAAGUCUCCUACAGUCCAGCCGUCUACUACUGAUGCUGACCAGGAAGGGUUUCAGCGUAUUCUACAGAUGCUGGGAGGGAGCAAGUCGCGCAAUGCGACUCCUCACAACGACGCCGCGCAAGCCAAUCGGCCUCCGUCUCUUCCCCAAGCAGAAUCUGUCCAAAGCGCCAUCUCAUCCCCCUCCCGCGAGCAAAUCAAGCGGCCAGAACCCAUGCUCAUGCAGGAGACCUCUAUGCGGAGUGCUGGCCCUGCUGUGGAUCCCCAAGCCCGAGAACGGGAACAUUUACUUCGCCUAAUGCAGCAAGUCCGUGUCACUCCCGUCACAAACCAGGCUCAAGGUAGCCAUGGUCAGCCACAAAGCGCCGGUGCCGCUCCUGGUAUGAUGAACAUGCCAGAUAUGCUCCCACCUCCUCCAGGGCUUGCUUCUGCACCAAAGGCUCCUAACUUCAUUGAUGAUCCGGCGAUAGCUAAUAUGCAGAGAGCGGAGCCUGAUCAGCUUCGGCGACGACCCGCGAAUGGGCCUCCAAUGGGCUACUUUGAAGAUAUGCCGUUCCCUCAAGGCGGCCAAGUUCCCAUCACCCCUGGUGGAAGUCGGGCUCCUCAAGGUCAAGGUAUACCUGGCAUGGGCGUGCAGAGACCGCCAGGCUUCGACCACUUGCCGCCUCCUGGAUGGGCCGGCCCCCAGCUUCCUCCACAGCAGGGCGGUGGCCCCGGUCCCCUCGCCCCUCCACCGGGUAUUCCUACUCCAACACGGGGCGUCAACCCUAAUUUCAUGUCUAAUAUGAUGCCAAUGCAUGGUAAUGUUCCACCGCUCGGUGAGCGUCAACCCUUCCCACGUGCAGGUGGCAAUGGAUCAGCGGGAUUCCCGCCUCCCCCAGGUAUGAUGCCUCCUCCGGGUUACAUGAACGGCCCUCCCCCGUCUGGCUUCCCUCCCAUGCCACCUAAUGCCGAAGCUCUGAUGGGUCUUGGCCAUGGUGGCCAGGGUCCAUUUGACGGUAACCCCGGUCCACAGGGGCCUCCGCACUCCUCUCGGCACUUAUUGGAUAUGUUUGGACAAGUCGGCGCUGGAGAUGCUCGGGGCGGCAUGCUUGGCGAUAUGAUGGACGAGGUCGACUUCGAGCUUUGCUUGGACAUCGACCAAUAUAAUCAGGUAGCCACCUCUCGUCGCGAGUCAAAGCGACUAUCCACUCAGUCCACCCCAGACUCAGUCAAGCACGACAGCGUCCGAACUGUGACAACCCCCAAUCGCAAAAUCCGUAAGCACGGGGAACUAGAGUCUACCUCUGAUAUUGACGAAAAUAUCACCCAAGAGCCGCUCCACUACGCACGGCAAUGCAAGAAGCCCAAGGUUGCAAACCAGGCAAAGUCAGACCUCGAGGAUGACCAUGAUCGCACCUAUCUCGACAUCGCGAUCAAACGCAUCACCACUCAUCACGACCAUGAAAUAAUCUCAGACGCCGACGACACAGACCUAGAAACUCACAGCUCAACCAAUACCUCGACCGCAGCUAUCAACGAAGAAACAAUGGACCUGGACACCGACACGGACGCCGACGUCCACACCAACUCAAACAGCCACAGCAUAAUCACCAGCCCGUCUCACUCCUACAUCGCUCGUCCCUCACAUCUAUUCCAUAUCUACGAGGACCCGGAUGACUCGCAUCUGGAGAACCAUCCCGGUCUCUUGUCCAGCUUUACUACCUACUCCUCCGCCGAUGAAGACAAGGAGAACAUCCUCGACGACGAUGACUACGAGCAGCAGGAGCAGACCCAGCGAAUGGGGGUUAAUUCGCAGAUGUGGACUCGUCACUCUACUAAUCGGUUCUCGCAUGUGGUUAGUUCCGGAUAUCAGGGGGUUGAUGGGGGUGCGGAUACGGACGAGGCGGAUACUGAUGUUGAAGAGUUUUUGGCUGAAGGUGGAGAGGGUAGUAGGGAGGUUGAGAUGGAGGAUGUGAGGGUGUCGUUUCAUUCGUUGGGUGCUGGAGAGGCUUCAUUGCUUCCUCUUGCUUUUCCUUUGCCUUUGAGGAUCCCUUCUCCAGCGAUGGUCCAGGGCAAUAGGAUUGCGGGUCGGCGUCGUUGCUUGGGACCUAGACCUGUUGUGCACUUUGAGUGA